CCAGACUCUCCUCUCAGCAUCACAUCUCUUCUUGAAAGCAGUUCAAUCUCGACUCAAUUCCUAUUUCCAUCUCCCACCUAUUCUCCAAAACACCAAAACAUCCAUCAUGGGCAGCGUCGAUAUCCCUUCUGAGCAGUGGGCGCAGGUCGUCGAAAAGACCGGUGGACCCGUCGCCUACAAGAGGAUCCCCGUCCAGAAGCCUGGUCCCGAUGAGGUCCUCGUCAACAUCAAGUACUCCGGCGUCUGCCACACUGAUCUCCACGCCAUGAUGGGCGACUGGCCCCUCGACACCAAGCUGCCCCUUGUCGGCGGCCACGAGGGUGCCGGUGUCGUCGUUGCCCGCGGCGAGCUUGUCAAGGACAUUGAGAUUGGCGACUACGCCGGCAUCAAGUGGCUCAACGGCUCGUGCCUCAGCUGCUCCUACUGCCAGAACGGUGACGAGCCGCUCUGCCACAAGGCCCUCCUCUCUGGCUACACCGUCGACGGAACCUUCCAGGAGUACGCCAUUGCAAAGGCCGCCCACGUCGCCCGCAUCCCCAAGGAGUGCGACCUCGAGGCCGUCGCUCCUAUCCUGUGCGCCGGUAUCACCGUCUACAAGGGCCUCAAGGAGUCCAACACCCGCCCCGGCCAGACCAUUGCCGUCGUCGGUGCUGGCGGUGGCCUGGGCAGCAUUGCUCUGCAGUACGCAAAGGCCAUGGGCCUGCACACCAUUGCCAUCGACGGCGGUGACGAGAAGCGCGACCUGUGCCUCAAGCUGGGCGCCUCCGCCUUUGUCGACUUCACCAAGACCAAGGACCUGGUAGCCGACGUCCGCGCCGCCACCGGAGACGGCGAGGGCCCCCACGCCGCCCUCCUCGUCGCCGCCCAGGAGAAGCCCUUCCAGCAGGCCACUCAGUACCUCCGCUCCAAGGGCGUCCUCGUGUGCAUUGGUCUUCCCGCCGGCGCCCAGCUCAGCGCCCCCGUCUUCGACACCGUCAUCCGCAUGAUCACCAUCAAGGGCAGCUACGUCGGCAACCGCGCCGACACCGCCGAGGCCCUCGACUUCUUCAGACGCGGCCUCAUUACCGUGCCCUUCAAGACCAUUGGCCUGAGCCAGCUCCAGGAGGUCUACACCCUGAUGCACGAGGGCAAGAUUGCCGGCCGUAUCGUUGUCGACCCUACGAAAUAAAUUGAAAAACACAGGGGACACGAUACAUCACCCCUCUUUUUUCCAUUCAACUACAAGAAAUUAUGAAAAAAGUAAAACAAAAGUGUUGGGUUUAGAUACAACUUUGGGCGAAUAUAGGCGGGUGGGUUGGUGUGAGCAUGACCGGUUGUUUGGGCGGUUGGUUGGGCUGUUUCGAUAAACAUGGCGGCGGAGCGUUGGGAGAUGUAAAGUAUUUAUGAUGAGCUUGUUUUCUUUUGAAUUAAAUUGAUGAGACAUGAUACGAAUAUUUGGCCACAGUGACAAUUUC